AUGAGUUCAUCAUCAUGUAUAGGAUUAUUUAAAUCAUUAACAAAGCAAUCUGUUAUGAUUGCUACUGCAACAACAGUCAAUAAUGCAGCUGCAUAUCGAACUUGUAAUAAAUGCAAAAACAUUUAUACAACAACAACUAAAUCAAGUAGUAGUAGUAGUAGUAGUAGUCAUUUAUAUGUCUCUUCUUCUUCUUCUUCACAACUACAACAAUAUAAAAGAUUCACAUACUGUACUAUUAAUAGUCAACAACAAACAACUAGUAAAACAUCUAUACCUCUAGACAUUGAAGAUGUUCAGAAAAAAGAUAAUCUUUGUACUCUACCUUCACAACAACAACAAAAUAUUGAAAAUAAUGUAAAUAAUAAAUCCUCAUCCACUUCCUCAUCCACUUCCUCUUCAUCUUCUUCCUCUUCUUUAAAUGUUGAUAAAUCAACAUCUAAAUCUACUACUGAAGUUGCACCAACAUGUUGGUGUUUAAUUAAUUGUAAACUUAAAGAUAAAUGUAUCAAUGUAUCGAUGGUCAAGCCAAUAGUAUACGAAGCCGAAAAGGGAUACAUCUUGGGAGAAUACAAAGUAAACUAUGAAAUGUCAAGGAGUGAUAUGUCAAAGUCUAGAAAGAAGUUUGUAGAUGCAUGUGUACGUGAAAACAAUAUCUUUAUCGACAGAGAAAAGAGAAGAUUGGCUGAAUCUGAAGAUCGUGAUGAUGAUGAAGAUGAUGAUGAUGAAGAUGAUGACAACAACAAAACAAAGGAAGAAGAAGUCAAAAUAUUAAAAGAACAAACUACAACAACCACUAAACAAGAAGAGAAAAAGGAAAGAAAAGAAACCAAAAAACUAUUCAAAACCGAAGAGGAAAAGGAAGCUUUGGAAAGAAAGUAUCCAAUAUUAAAUGAUGAAUUGACAUCGAUUGGUCCCAUUCAUGUAAUCUACAAGAAUGAAUGGAUAACAACGGUUGUUGAAAAGAUUGAAAUUGAAAACAAAGAUAUUGAACCUUAUUUUGUUUUAAAAUUAAUGACACCAAUUAGAAGAUCAAAUAGAUUAACAUUUGAAAUUGAAAGUUUAAGUUAUUUUUCAACGAUUGAAAAGUUAUUGUCAUUUAAUAAAUCGGUUGAAUGCAGUGACAAGGAAUUUGAAAAGAUGUUCUUGACCAAGAGUUCAGACAAGAUUACAAAGACCGAUACUAAAUGGAUGAUGGAAAAAAGACCAUAUCUAAGAGAAGCAUUGAUGACACUAAAGACAACUCUUUUGCCAAGUCUUGGAUUUGGAAACAGUGGUAUCACUCUAACUCUUUCAAAAGAGGAAGUGGUCAAAUGUAGAGAAGGAAAUACUCAACUAGAAUUCCCCAUAGAUACCUAUCAACUUUGUCUAGAAGUAGAUUCACAAUCAUCCAUUUGGAACAAAGAACCUCAAUCCAUUGAAAAGAUCCUCUAUCUCUAUACUGUCAUUUUAGAUUCAUUGGUUUCAAUUGAUGGUACCGUUGAUAUACCAAUUGAUCAAACUUAUCUUUAA